AUGUACUCGAGCAUCGCGAGGAAAGUGAUCGGAGAAGGGAGGCAGAGUCCGCUCGUGAUGGGUCUGAUCUCGGUUAUUAAGUCAACAUCUUCGGCUCCUGAGUCAACGCUUCUCGGUGUUUCGCCGUCAAAGUCUUCUUCUUUGAUUCCGUGGAUGAAUAAGGUAAAGAUUGAUGAUGUGGACAGAAGAGGAACGGCAUUUUUUGAUAAUGAUGAGGAUGAGGACGAUGAGAAGGGGUUGAGUGGAGGAAGCGGAUGGGUUAGUAGGCUUUUGAGUAUGUGUUCUGAGGAUGCUAAAGCUUCUUUUACUGUGGUUGCGGUGUCUUUACUUUUCAGGUCAGCUCUUGCGGAGUCGAAGUCUAUACAUUCCGCGUCUAUGUAUCCUACGCUUGACGUCGGUCGGUGA